CAUAAUUUGUAUUGUUCUCUAUCUUUCCUAGAUCCUUAUUUUGUUUCAAUCUUGAAGAAAUUUUCAUUUGCUACUUCCUUUUCCGCGACACUCGCCAUCAUGACUGUGAAGCGAAGAAACAACGGGCGCAACAAGAAGGGUAGGGGACAUGUUAAAUAUGUGCGCUGCACAAACUGUGCUAGAUGUGUCCCAAAAGACAAAGCUAUUAAGAAGUUUGUGAUCAGAAAUAUUGUUGAAGCUGCAGCAGUUAGAGAUAUUUCUGAUGCUAGUGUGUAUGAAAUGUAUGCCCUGCCCAAACUGUACGCUAAGCUGCUGUACUGUGUCUCCUGUGCCAUCCACUCCAAAGUUGUCAGAAACAGGUCUAGGGAGGCCAGAAAAGACAGAACUCCACCAAUCAGGUUUAGACCCAUUCGUGAAGGUCAGAGUGGACCAAGGCCAGGUGGUCAAGCUCCAGGUGCAGGAAGGAACCAGUAAUUGGUUUGACAGACAUUGAUCUACGGUUGAAAAAAAAUUAAAAUGAUUUACAUUUAAA